UAUUUAUCUCUCUUUUGGUUUAGACUACGUCAUAGUCACAGCCUGGACCACCGUCUUGUCCAGUGGGCUAUCAACACAAUACCGCUAGAAAUCAUUGAACACAGGUGGGUACUCCAUAAGUACCAUUUCCAUUUCACAUCACUUUCGACUUCAUUUCAACGAAGAACAGUGUGGAGUUUACUUUCGGACAAGUGAGAACAACUAGUCGAUUUGGUUAAUUCUCGAGAUUGAAAUAUAACCCAGUUAUAUCUGCAAGAAUGCAGGUCAACCCCGAAGCUGUUUAAUUAAAAAAUAAUAAUAAUUGUGUUGUGCGAUUGAAGUAUUAUCUUGAGCUGGUCUACUUUCCAUUCGUGGAUUUACGAGAAUGGUCCGGUGAGUCAGGAUAGAGGAAAAUUUGGGAAAUUUUUAUGUGUUUUCCUGCUGGUUCGAUACUUUGGAGAAAAUGAAGCACGCAUCAAGAAUAGCAUUCGUUGCUUUGGUCUUAAUAAAACUAUGUACCUGUUCUAACAUCCUGAUGAUUACUUUAGGAGGGACGAAAUCGCACAAAAUACCUUUUUGGGAAUUGGCAGGAGGACUCGUGACAAGAGGACAUAAUAUAACAUUUUUGAAUGCUUUUCCACCGGAUUUCGUUCUGCCGGGAUUGGAAGAAAUAACUCCCACUAAUCUAGUCUUCUUCGUUAAAAAUUUCACCAAUUGGGACCUAGUAGGUGCCAGGAUGAGGAACGAACUGCCUGUUCAUCCUCUGGACAUGAUAAGAUAUGGCUAUAAGUCUUGUGAAGAGACACUAGAAGAUCCCGAAACAAACGAGAUGCUUCACAUCCACAAGUCCUUCGACCUGGUGAUUUUAGACGGUGCUUUUCCAGAAUGUGCUCUUGGAUUCGUUAAACAUUACAACGCACCCUUCAUGUAUAUCAAUACUGUGGCGAUGUACACUGGAAGCUUAUCUUUGGCAGGAAACCCCAAUCCCUACUCUACCACACCUUUCUUGGCAACAUCUUACACGGACAACAUGAAACUUUAUGAGAGAGCCUCCAAUGCUGUGUGGUUCUGGGCAGGAAAUAUACUACACGCAAUCAUGACCAGAUGGAUGAUACAGGGAAUUGUAUCAAAAAAAUUUGGAUACGACAUGCCUGCCAUAUACAAAAUGUCGAGCAAUGUUAGUUUUAUACUUCAGAACUCCCACCCAGCAGUUACUUAUUCUAAGGCUUAUCUACCCAACGUUGCAGAAAUUGCUUGUAUACACUGUAAAGAUCCUAAACCACUUCCACCAGGACUCGAAGAAUUCGUAAAUGGAAGUGGUGAAGCAGGUUUCAUUUACUUCAGUAUGGGAUCAUCAGUGAAAGCCUUCAACAUGCCAGAGUAUUUCAGAAGGAUGCUCAUACGAGUAUUCAGACAACUACCGCAAAGGGUACUCUGGAAAUGGGAAGGAGAAGACAUGGAAGAUCUGCCGGAAAAUGUUAAACUAGGCCGAUGGUUACCACAACAAGAUUUACUUGGACACCCCAAAAUCAAAGCAUUUGUUACACACGGAGGCUUGUUAAGUAUGUUCGAGACAGUCUACCAUGGAGUUCCAAUAGUUACUCUUCCGGUUUUCUGCGACCAUGAUGCAAAUUCAGCCAAAUCAGAAGCUGACGGAUACGCCAUCAAGUUGGAUUUAGCCACAAUCAAUGUUGAGACCCUCUUGUGGGCUAUAAAACGAAUAAUUCAUGAUCCGAAGUAUCGCAUAGAAGUUUUGAGGAGGCAGAAAGUGUUCCGGGACCAAAAAGAAUCUCCUUUGGACAGAGCAGUGUUCUGGACGGAGUAUGUGCUACGAAAUAGAGGUGCAGGUUACCUACAGUCACCUACGAGGUUCCUCAGUACCACGGAAUACUAUAUGCUGGAUAUAGCAUUCUUCUUCCUUCUUUGGCUUGUUAUGGUAUACUACAGUUUUUUGAAGCCAGCUUUUUCCUUUAUUCCAAGGCUAUUGAGAACAGAUUCUAAUAAAAAAGAAGUGAAAACAGAUUGAGAAGAAAAUGUCGAAUCAAAAUCUUUUCCUUUUGGAAAACUUUGAGAUAAUUGAAACUUUAGAAGGUACAAAAGUAUCCUGAGGAAGUAUCCAAAGCACUCAUUUCAUUUUCACUCACCUGAUAUUUUCUCUCAUACUUUGAUAUAAGACAAAAUAUGUAGAGGAGUUGAAUGAAGUGAAAACAUGAUUUUUAAACAAAUUUUGUAUGUUACUCUUCUGACCUGAAUAUGAUUUUGAUAUGUGUGAUUUAGUUGAUAAUUUGAAUGAAGUGAGUAAAAUAUGAUAAAAUAUUUAUAACACUUAUGAGACGUUUGUAAGAAGAAUAAAAAUAUAAAUUGUGUCUGA